AUGCGCCGUUUUGUUCACAAGCCUUCAAUUCUGAUAGUCCUUCUUAUUGGCUUGCACUUUGUCUCACCGGAAUGCGAAGAUGGAUGGGAGCAAAGCGAUGUCCUUGGAUGCCUUCUCAAAACAAAUGUGGUGGCUCAAUCGAUGGAUCAAGCAGAGAAACUGUGCAAGAGCCACAACGCCGGUCUUCUCAAGCUCGAUAAUGACAAAGAGGCCGAUGCUUUUCUGAUGAUGUCGUCCUUUCAACAGAGCAACUCAACGACGAGGGAAAAGAAUGUGUCGAAGACGGUGCUACCGCCGAGCCCAUCGGGUACAUCAAACACUCCGGAGACGACAAAACCGACCACUCGGACUACUACUCAAACAAGGGAACUGACGUCGUUGAGCACUUCUCAACCGGUGGAUUCGAGCACUUCGAGCACUUUGAUAACAACGCAAAAAAACACCUUAUCGCCGAUGGAGCCGAAUAGGAGAAGACGGAAGAUUGAUCAACAAAAUAAAACGGCCCAACGGAGCACAACGAUGAUGGUACAACAAAAGACGACGACUUUCCAAAAGUUUUUUGCGUAUGGACUGAACUCGACAAGUGAAUACUCGACGAUCACUAAUGAGACGACAAAAGAAACGGGCAACUGCAAAUAUAUCACUUUCCAUCUCAACUCGACAAGUAGCUGCGACGUGAGCAAUAAAACGCACAUGUUCAACUGCGACGAUACAAUGGGAAUUGUGGAAACAGUGUGCCAGAAGGAGCCAACUGUGCCGGGCAAAGAUGCUGCGAUAGCUCCUUUGGAAUAUAAGAUCCAACUCGGCAUUUCUUUGACGCUGGUGUUUAUGCUUGAGCUGAUCACUUUCACCUCCAUUCUGAUGAUUUUCAUUCGAGUAUGGAGGGCUCGGAAAUAUUAUCAACUCUUCUUCAAAGGGUUAAAAGCAUUGGAUGAACGUGUCAAGUUGCAGGAAUACGGAAAUCGAGAUGUGAUUCCCGUUUUGGAAUUGAUUGGUAUUGACGUUAAAACAUGGAAAUCGGAUCGUGCCAAAGAGAACGAGAAAGCCGAUGCGUUGGCAUAUGUGCUCAAGAGGGACCACCUACCGGCAAUUGUUCGCCCAACGAACGGCAAGAAGAAAGGAAAUAACAAAAUAAACAAAGGAAAUACAGCAACUUCGAUGAAUUCGAAAAUGAAAAGUACCAUGGCGUCAGCCGCCAAAGCUCCGGGCAAAAUUUCACCGCAAGGUCAACAAGCACUACAAGACUCAUUGGCAUCACCACCUCCACCGCCGCCAAUGCAACCACAAGGACAGCAACAACAAGACACGAGAUCACAAAUGAAAAGCGUUGCGUACUUCGAAGAAAUCGGCGGAAGUAACCAAAACAAAGGAGGUAGUCAGAUGGGAAGAAGCGGUCAAAAAGCGGGAAGUGCGCGGAACAACGGAAGUGGCCAGAAGGAUAGCAAAGAUGUGACCUUUUACAGACAAUCUUUUACAUUAAUGAAAGCGAUCCAAUCACAUCCUCGAAAAGAAUCGUUGAUACUUGGCAAUCCAGUUGAUUCUUCAAAAAGCUUCAAAAGUCCCGCGUAUUCU